AGAAAGCUGCGUCGCAAAUUUACAGUCAGCUUUUAACGUAUCGUAAGUAUAUCGAGAGCCACCGGUGAUAAGCUGAGCUUAGCCCCGAUUUCGCGGGGAAGGGGCAAAAAGAUGCCUCGGUACGAAGGACUUCGAAGCGAUCAAGCUCGGCGAGCUUCAACAGAGUGAUAUCGUGAGUCUGCUCCAUGAAAUCUUCCCUACAGCUCAUCUUCAGGUCUCUCCUAACUCAUAUCCAAUUCGUCAUACCUUGUACUCGGAGUCCCGCAAAUUGAAACAACAUGACUUCCCCAGCAGAGUUUCAUGGAUGGCUGGGCCACGACGACAAAGCGGCUGAAGGCAAUAUGACCUGGACGUCGUUCAAACCUAAGCCGUUCAACGCCAUUGAUGUCGACAUCAAGGUCUCGCACUGUGGAAUCUGCGGAUCUGACAUCCACACUUUGCGCUCCGGGUGGAAGAGCACGCGUUACCCGGUCUGCGUCGGACACGAGAUUGUCGGACAUGUUGUGCGCGUUGGGGAUAAAGUCACAAACCUGAAACCUGGAGAUAGAGUCGGAGUCGGAGCCCAAGCAUUCUCUUGCAUGGAAUGCGAGGACUGUAAAUCUGGCCUGGAACAACAUUGCGGCAAGAUGGUUGGCACUUACAAUGGCAAAUACCCCGAUGGAAGUUUCAGCAUGGGAGGCUAUGCAGAUUACGCACGUGUUCCGGCGCACUUCACGAUCAAGAUUCCUGCCGCGCUCAAGAGCGAGGAUGCUGCGCCCAUGAUGUGUGGAGGCAUUACAGUGUACUCGCCACUGAAGAAGAAUGGCGCAGGUCCCGGAAAGAGAGUAGGAAUCGUGGGUUUGGGAGGUCUGGGUCAUUUCGGCGUGUUGUUUGCCAAGGCCCUGGGCUGUGAGAAGGUCGUCGCUAUUUCAAGGCGAAGGAACAAGGAGAAAGAUGCAAGAGAUAUGGGUGCUACUGAUUACAUUGCGACCUCUGAGGACGACAAGUGGGCUCGCAAACACUCCCAAUCCCUUGAUCUUAUCAUCUCGACUGUCAGCUCACCAGACAUGCCAUUGGAAUCGUACCUGCGAUUGCUUAGGACUAACGGCACUUUCAUCCAGGUCGGCGCACCAGAAGAUAAGCUACCAAGGAUCGGUGCCUACAGCCUCAUCCAGAAGGGUGUCAAGAUCGGGGGCAGCAACAUCGGUAGCCCGAGCGACAUAGAAGAGAUGCUUAAGUUCGCUGCAGAGAAAGGCGUCAAGCCGUGGAUCGAACAGCACGAUAUGAAAAACGCAAACAAGAGCGUUGUGGAUAUGGAAGACGGAAAGGCGAGAUACAGAUAUGUACUCGUCAAUACGGAACAAGAAGAUCGCGCAAAAUUGUAAAUGUCAGAUAUAUAUAUAUAUAUCAUGCUACUCUUCGCCAACACAUCAGAUCCUGGCAUUGUUAACGUGUUAACCGUAUUGGGCGGAGCCGGCGCAGCCGACGCGAUU